AUGCCCACGGAGACCCUACAGACAGGUAGCAUGGUGAAGCCGGUCAGCCCCGCGGGCACCUUCACCUCGGCGGUCCCCCUGCGCAUCCUCAACAAAGGGCCCGACUACUUUCGCAGGCAGGCCGAGCCCAACCCGAAAAGACUCAGCGCCGUGGAGAGGCUGGAAGCGGACAAGGCCAAGUAUGUCAAGAGUCAGGAGGUCAUCAAUGCCAAGCAGGAGCCCGUGAAGCCGGCCGUGCUGGCCAAGCCCCCCGUGUGCCCGGCCGCCAAGCGCGCCCUGGGCAGCCCCACGCUCCGGGUGUUCGGCAGCCACGCCAAGACCGAGAGUGGCGUGCAGAGGGAGAACCUGAAGCUCGAGAUCCUGAAAAACAUCAUCAACAGCUCCGAAGGCUCCAGCUCGGGCUCGGGGCACAAGCACAGCUCCCGGAACUGGCCGCCCCAACGGCCAGACUCCACCGACCUGCAUCGGCACUCCUUCGCCGAGUCCCUGAAGGUGUACCCCACGCAGGGCCGCGGCAGCCCGCAGGAAGGUGGCUCCCACGUGGGCAGGAGGCUCCUGGAGCAGUCGGCCGAGUCCUUUCUCCAUGUCUCCCACAGCUCCUCGGACAUCCGCAAAGUGACCAGUGUGAAGCCCCUAAAAGCGAUCCCCUGCAGUAGCUCCGCCCCUCCUCUGCCUCCCAAACCCAAGGUCGCGGCCAUGGCCACCGUGAAGUCCCCUGAAGCCGACCCGGUGGAACCAGCCUGCGGAGUCAGCCGGAGACCCUCACUCCAGCGGUCUAAGUCGGACUUAAGUGACAGGUAUUUCCGCGUGGACGCAGACGUGGAGAGGUUCUUCAACUACUGCGGACUGGACCCCGAAGAGCUGGAAAACCUUGGAAUGGAAAACUUUGCAAGGGCUAAUUCCGACAUCAUCUCCCUCAACUUCCGCAGCGCAAGCAUGAUCAGCUCAGACUGCGAACAGUCUCAGGACAGUAACAGUGACCUUAGAAAUGAUGACAGUGCCAAUGACCGGGUGCCAUAUGGCAUUUCUGCCAUCGAAAGAAAUGCUAGGAUCAUCAAGUGGUUAUAUAGCAUCAAACAAGCUAGAGAGUCACAGAAGGUCUCCCAUGUGUAAGACAAAGUGCGUGCAAAGGAGGGAGGGGUGGGUCUCUGUGCAUCCGCAGUCGUGAAGGUUGUGAGGUCUCCUUGAAGUGUUGUGAGCUUCUCCACUCUCUUUGUGUUGCUUGUUGUGCAAUGUUUCCAAGUUGCAUGCCUGUCAACAUGGGGACUGACCUGGCUUCCACGUGAACCAUCGCUGCAGAGCCUGGCUGAACACAACGUCGUCUGCCAAGAGUUUCAGGCCAGAAUCCGAUUAGGGCUUCUAUCUUAAGCAAAACUGUUUACACGAAAAACGGUAUACAACUUCUUCAAUAUUUAUGUGGUUCUUGUGUUUUUAUAUCCCGCGCUCUUGUGUCUUAAUUAAAAGUUUUAUCAACUGGCUUUUAAGUUGAGAGUAGAAUCUUUUUGAAAUAAAAAGCCAAUUUGCCUACGUGUGAGCCCGAAACAAUGGGGAAAAAAUCAGUGGGAUCUGCUACCAAACAGAUACAGUGACUGACCUAAGAUAGAGAACCACGCUGGGUUUUCUGAGGAAGAAAGCGGUGAGCCUGAUGUUAAUCAUUUGCAUAUUGGAAUUCUCCUGCCACUUACUAAAGUGAUGGUUGGGGCAACAGUGCUACGUUUUGUGUCCGAUUAAGUGUGUAAAUGUUGGUGCUUCUGUGUAAUACCCCAAGGAAAGACAAUCAGAAACAAUGAAGGUGAUUAAAUCUAGGAGUUUGGGGGUUGGGGGUUUUGUUGAUGUUGUUCUCUGAUUUGGGUUGAUUCCGAAAUUUCUACUAUUAAUCUUUUGACGGGAAUGGCCAUCCUAAAGCUGAUACUAAAUGUCUU